GUUCAAACCGAGAUUCAUCCAUGAAGAGCACACUUCUCCAGCGUGCCAGUGGCCAUUGAAGGUGCCGAACUACGAUGCCGAAUUGCAGUCAGGAAGGAGGGGGCCACGAGUUGUACUGCUUUCCCUGGGUUCAGACUGAACAGCAGUUAGAGGAAUCCCCUACCCAACCCACUCCAGCUGAGAGCCCCUUUUUCUUCCCCCUGACACGACCCCGAGCCCCACAGCCCCCCGUAAUGCCCGUCCUCCCGGAAGAAGAAGAGGAUUCCCCUGAGGAGCUCGACAGUUCCUCCAGCUCACCCAGCACAUAUACACCAGUUGAAAGUAGAGCAGUUCCCGUGGCGAUGCCUGCUCCCACCAUUGUCUUCCCAAAGCAAGCGACCGUGACCGUGGUCCAAGCAGACGGUCGCCCUCUGGAACAGACCAGACCACACAGUCCCAGAACUCGCUUGUCCCGAAACUCCCUGGGAGGACCAAUCACUACAGUCGACAGUACAGGCAAUGUGAUAGACCUGGUGAAAGACCAUCUGCCUGAGCUGCAGCUCUCAGAGGAGGACCGUCAGAAGAACCUGGUGCUGCUGCAGGAGGCCAAGAAAGUCAGCGACCGCUUCCUGAGCCGCAGGGGCCGAAAGUCCACCUGCAGCCUCUCUGAAUCCCCCACAGGUCUUUCUCCUAACCACACACCAUCCUCCUCACCUGUACCGUCCAGAAGCAGCUCUCUUAUCACAGCCCCUCAAAUAGCUGUAGCCACAGAGGUGAACUAUGCCCCCUCAUCGCCUGUCAGCCUGCGAUUGGAGGUUCUGUCUACGAGGGAGCAGGCUGACACCAGUACACCAGAGCAUGAGAGCACCAGGAGGUUGGUGGACUGGAAGCCCAAUGAGAAGCGUAAGGUGUCCUCAGGCACCCUGGCUCCCCGCUACUCUGGCCCCCCACCCCCCAGGGAGCCCAAUGGGGGCCAGAAGGAGAACUGUGACCCCCGGGUAACAGCUAAGAAUUGCCCAGAACCAGUACUAGUCAAUAAGCCAGAGGAGGGGCUGGUUCGAGCCCCCAACCAGGCCCCUGCCACUGGGGUGGCCAAGCCUGUCCCUCGGCCCCCCACUCAACAGGCCCCCUGCACGGCAGAGAUCAAGACAAUCGGGGCCUUUCCUCCCCUCAUGAGAGCUGUGUCCUGGGACACUGCUGGAACCCUCAACGCCAGGAAUGGGGCACCAAGUCUCCCCCCUACAAACGAGGAAACCUUCUCCUUUCAAGACAAGACUCGGGAUGCCCUGCUCAAGUCCUCUGGGUACAAGGACUUCCCUGUACAGCCUGUCAACGUGCAGAAGCUGUCCAAAAUAAGAGAGGAGCACAAGCUGAUGCGGAACCAAAGCAUUGUGGGGUCAAAGUUGGCAGACUUGAGUGAAACAGCUGAACAGGAAAGAGGGUCUCCUACUGAUGAGGAGGCUAAAGAGAAGUCAGACGCCAUGCCCAACAUCUCAGACAUCAUGCUGAGGAAACUCAAACUGCACAGAGGGCUACCAGGCUGUGCACCUCCACUCACGGAAAAAGAAGUUGAGAACGCUUUUGUUCAACUGUCGCUGGCGUUCCGGAACGACAACUACACACUGGAGACACGGCUCAAACAGGCGGAGCGGGAGCGGACCCUGACCGAGGAGAACACGGAGAAGGAACUGGAAGAAUUCAAAGGCUCUCUGAAGUGCACGGCACCACAGUGGAGUAACAUGGAGCAGCGGGAGUCUUACCAGUGCCUCAUAGAGACAGUAGCAGUACUGCACCGUCUGGCCACCAGGCUCUCCAGCAGAGCUGAGAUGGUUGGAGCAGUCAGACAGGAGAAGCGUAUGAACAAGGCCACAGAGGUGAUGAUGCAGUACGUGGAGAAUCUGAAGAGGACCUAUGAGAAGGACCACGCUGAGCUGAUGGAGUUCAAGAAGCUGGCCAACCAGAACUCCAGUCGCUGCUAUGGAGGAUCCAUAGACACUGGAGAUGAUGGAGUCCCACGGCCAUCCAGAUCAAUGUCGCUGACCCUGGGAAAGGCUUUGCCCAGACGGAGGGUCAGUGUUGCGGUAGUCCCCAAAUUUAACCUCCUGAACAUCCCUGGUCAGACCCCGGUCAUGGCAGGACCCGGCCCCAGCGUUGCCAUGGGACCCAGCCCCCAACCCACCAUGGGCCAAGCACUUCCUGUCCUGUGUGAAGCCAACAGUGUGAAAAGCAACUUUCCCACUGAGCCUACACAUCCAGCUAUAGAUGAGAGUGGAAAGAGUGUAGCAGAGCAGGAAGCUGAGCCAUCUGCCCCAGCCCAGCCCUCCGUCAACCUAGAGGAGAUCAGAUCAGAGAUCAGAUCAGAGAUCAAGGCAAAGAUCGAGGAGGAGGCCUACAAUAAAGGGUGA